AUGAAGAAAAAAAUAACCGCAUCCGCAUUUCGAUAAAAUAGAUAUGAAAAAUUUCAUGAUAAUCGUCGUGCAACAAACUCGUUGGCUAUUAAAUUAAUUAAUAUGAAUAGUCGCAGUCCGAACGGUUCGUACACGUUCGCUACUAUUUCGGUACCGUCAUCAUUCGCGGCUCUCAUAUACGUAUCGGUAUCGAGAUAGAAAAAACUGCUGUAAUGAUGUAUCGCAGUUAGCUCGAAGCUCGAUGGUCACUUGUUCAGUUCAGUUUAUAUGGCGGAUUGUAGGUAGUCCUUCACUCGCGUGCGUUAGAUUAAGAUGUAUCCAAUUCGGUGUUUUCUUCUAAUCAUCGUAUGUUCAUCACUGAGCGUUAAUGGUUUCGAUCCAAAUCGAGUGAUAUACGCUGUGAACGCCGGCGGCGAUGUGCACUACGAUAGUCUGGGUAUCCGCUACGAUAAAGAUCCGCUGCACGGUAAAGUUGGCAUUUCAUCGGAUUAUGGUAAAUCUCUAGCUAUUCGUAGAGUUCCUGAAAAGGAUUUCGAACUGUAUCAAGUGGAAAGAUACCAUCAUAAUUCGUUCGGUUACGAGGUACCCAUCAGCGAAGAUGGAGAUUAUGUUCUCGUGUUGAAGUUCUGCGAAGUCUAUUUCAAUACUCGUAACUCCAAGGUGUUCGAUGUAUCGUUAAACGGUAUGCGAGUUAUUGAGAAUCUCGAUAUUUACGAUAAAGUUGGCAAAGGUGUAGCUCACGAUGAAUACAUCCAGUUCAGUAUCAAAGACAACGCGUUCGUAUACAAUAAUAUGGAAUCAUUCAUCAAUAAUGGCAGAAUCAAAGUGGAAUUUUUAAAGGGACGUAAAGAUAAUCCGAAAGUCAACGCUGUUAUCGUCUACAAGGGAACCAUCGAUGAUAUACCGAAAUUGCGUCCUUUGAUGGAAGAAGAGAAACCUUACCAUCUACGCGAACGACCUGAAAGAAAAACAUUCCAUCAACCGCGUAUUACCCGAGAAGAUCCUUACAAUUACCAAGAUCUGUUAACCACUUUUUGGCCAAUACUAGUCUCGAUUCUACCUGUAAUUCCUAUAAUUUACUGCCUUUGUAAAAUUUAACCCUCCAUAUGAGGUUUUUUUUUUACAGACUCGGUGACAAAACCUCUUCUUUUCGUGAGUAACGUCGAUAAUUACUUUUUAAUGUUAUUCUAGUCGUCUGACCUAAAAAUGUACCCAUAAAACUAGUCAGAAUAAUAUUUUAUCGAUUAUAUUUCUAUUCUUUAGAGAUUAAUCAGUCAUUCUCUGGUCCCAGAUUUUAUUCUUCUGGAUUGAAAAUACUAUCUUUUAAAACUCACGUUAGAGAAGUUGUUGCGUGUUCUUCGUCAUCUCAAUUACCCUAUUUUUCUCGUAAUAGUCUUUAUGAAAAAAUACCGCCGGUGUUUUCGUGUUUUUUUUCUCUGUUUGGGCGACUUAUUCGUGCCUUAUUAUUUUUAAACGUUCGUUAUAUUCAUAUGUAUUUUGUGUCUUUGUUAUAUGUAUUUUUUUUGUUAUUCGUGUAUUGAUAUUAAUACGAUGACGACGGUGUCAACGAGUAAUAAAUUAUCUAUUCGUGA